AUGGGCGGCCGGCGAGGCGGCGUGAUGAAAUUGGCCCUGGGCGGCGUGGCGCGGGGCAUGGAGGCCAGCAAAGGCGGUGCUGGAGGCGACGGCGGUCUUUGCGCGACGCGUGGAGGUGGCGAGGCGGCGCAGGGGGGCAAAUCCGGGGUGGCCGUGCUCACCGGAGUAGAAAACAGAGGCGGCGGCGGCGGAGCGCCUUGGGGAGAGGGAGAUGGGCGCCCACAAGUAGAGGAGUGGGACCAGGGGGAGCUCCAAAUCAGCGGCGAGGGUGGCCGGUGGGCGAGAAACCGGCAGCGGGGCGGCGCCGCCAGGAUUCCAGAGAAGCUGCAGGUAGAAGACGACUGGGUGGACUGA